AUGUCGCAGAUUAAAAUCUACGGAUUAAAAGAGAACCUCGACCCUAUCAAAGCAAAACUCUCCGAUGUCAUCCAUUCGUGUGUCGUUGAUGCCUUGCAUUUUCCAGAGGAUAAAAGAUUCCAUCGCUUCUUUCCGCUAGAUCUCUCCGAUUUCUAUUAUCCCAGUGGACGCACGACAAAGUACACGAUUAUUGAGAUUAGCAUGUUUGAAGGCAGAUCUGUAGAAACGAAGAAACACCUGAUUCGCCUGCUUUUUGAAAGGGUUCACCAACAGCUGAAUAUCCUUCCACAAGACCUUGAAAUCACAAUUACUGAGACACCCAAGCACAAUUGGGGGUUCCGUGGUACGCCGGGGGACGAAAUCGAAUUAAAUUACAAGGUUGAGGUGUAA